AUGUGGAAGGAAUCAAAAUGGGGCAAGAACAGAAAAGGAGGUCAGCGAAACAAUUUUGAUCAGCAACAGAAAAGUGCAGCCAAGCACAAACGUUGGCAAUACCACCACAAUACCCUCGACCAAGUCGUCUUGACGGCGCAACUGAAAGACCAGCCGAACAUCUUCGUGGGCAGCGCCUACUUCAUGGCCUCCAGAGAGUUUGUCGGCCAUGUGUUUGACAGUGCCAAGAUCCAGGCCUUCCUCAAGUGGUCGGAGGACACCUACAGCCCGGACGAGCAUGUGUGGGCUACCCUGCACAGAAUGCCCAAUGUACCCGGCUCCAUCCCGUACACCCAAGGAGCCACCAGGUCACUUGGCCGGGCAGUAAAGUGGUCCUUUGAGGCUGGUGACAUUGCGAGGGGUGCUCUCUACCCUCCCUGCACGGGAAGGUAUCGCCACUUGGUUUGUGUGUAUGGGGCAGGAGAUCUACAUUGGGUGGUCCGUCAGAGAUGUUUCUUUGCAAAUAAGUUUGACCCCGACAUGGACAACACGGCAGUACAGUGCAUGGAGGAAUAUCUCCGAAACAGGACACUUGGUAAAACUGGGGCUGUGUUGGAGGUUGGGACAGAGUAAACCUCGGUGAUGGUGGUGGAGGUGGUGGGUGAGACAUCGGAAACACAGAGACUGGGCACUGUGAGACUGUAUACUAUAACACUGGCUGCUGUGGAGGCCAGGCACUGUGAAACUGCAUGCUGCAACAUGGCCACUGUAGCACUAUUCAGUGUGAGGCUG